UCUUCAUUUGCGUGUGUGUUUGUGUUUCCCAACCAGAUUCCUGCUUGGCAUCCAGUGUGUUUUUUUUUCCUGAUUGGCCAUGGCCUUCCACAGCUUCCUGUUGGAACCAAUUAGCUGCCACGCCUGGAACAAAGAUGGCACCCAAGUGGCCAUCUGCCCCAACAACCACGAGGUCCACAUCUACAAGAAGGACGGGGCCAAGUGGACCAGGAUCCACGAGCUCAAGGAGCACAACGGUCAAGUGACAGGCGUGGACUGGGCGCCCGACAGCAACCGCAUCGUGACGUGCGGCGCCGACCGCAACGCCUACGUGUGGACCCUGAAGGAGGGCGCCUGGAAGCCCACCCUGGUCAUCCUGCGCAUCAACCGGGCGGCGCGCUGCGUCAAGUGGUCGCCGCGGGAGAACAAAUUUGCCGUGGGAAGCGGCUCGCGACUCAUCUCCGUCUGCUACUUUGAGCAGGAGAACGACUGGUGGGUGUGCAAGCACAUCAAGAAGCCCAUCCGCUCCACCAUCCUCAGUCUGGACUGGCACCCCAACAACGUGCUGCUGGCCGCCGGCUCCUGCGACUUCAAGUGCAGGGUGUUCUCGGCCUACAUCAAAGAGGUGGAGGAGAAGCCGAGCCCCACCCCCUGGGGCAGCAAGAUGCCCUUCGGAGAGAUGCUCUUCGAGUCCGGGGGGUCCGCGGGCCAGGUUCCCGGCGCGGCGGCCGGCGGCUGGGUGCACGGCGUCUGCUUCUCCCACUCGGGCAACCGCCUGGCUUGGACCUCGCACGACUCUGCCGUGUCGGUCGCCGAGGGCGGCAAGACCAGCACCGUGAGCAGUCUGAGGUCCGACACGCUUCCUCUUCUGUGCGUUACCUUCAUCACCGAGAGCAGUUUAGUCGCCGCUGGCCACGACUGUUGCCCCAUGCUCUUCGUGCUGGACGCCGCUAAAGGAGGCCUGGUGUUUGGGGGCAAACUGGACGUCCCCAAGCAGGCGGCCCAGAAGGGGAUCAGCGCCAGGGAGCGCUUCCAGAACUUGGACCGCCGUGCCUCGGAGACCCAGAGCACCGACAAGGACCUGAGCACGCUGCACAAGAACAGCAUCAGUCAUAUCUCGGUGCUGCAAGGGGGGCGCAACCAGUGCACCAAGUUCUGCACCACUGGCAUGGAUGGAGGCAUGUGCAUCUGGGAUGUCAAGACUCUGGAGUCAUCUAUGAGGAACCUGAAGAUUGUGUGAAGUGACUCAUGAAGAAGGCUUAUUACGUAAAGCUUCUGCGCCAUAUUUUGAAGGCGGUCUUACUAUUAUUCUUUUUUCAAAUGUUUUUAUGCUCAUGUCAAACACUCGGACGGGUGCGUCUUCUGUGUUAGCUCCGCGCGCUAACCCGGGCGUCCGCUAACGGUCCCGAUGAUGCAAGACCUGGGCUAACGCUUGCAGCAGUAUUUUAUAGAUGACAAUAAUGAUGAUAUCCACGAGGUGAGGCUGCGAGUCCUCCUAUUUCGACGCUUAUGCUGGUCAUAAUAUGCAUUUAAUAAAUGGUACAUAUUGCAUUCCA